GGCCCGCGGCGCUCGGGGCGGCCAUGGCGGGCGAGGGGCCGGCGGUGCGGGUGGCCGUGCGGGUGCGGCCGCUGCUGCCGCGGGAGGCCCUGCGGGGGCACCGGCCCUGCCUGCGGAGCGACGCCGCGGCCGGCGAGGUGGCCUUGGGCCGCCGCCGCUUCCGCUUCGCCGCCGUGCUGCCCGAGGCGGCGGGGCAGGCCGCCGUCUACCGGGCCUGCGUCCAGCCGCUGCUGCGGGCCUUCUUCCGCGGCUUCAACGCCACCGUCUUCGCCUACGGGCAGACCGGCUCCGGCAAGACCUACACCAUCGGGGAGGCCAGCAUCGCUUCCAUCAAUGAAGAUGAGCAGGGCAUCAUCCCACGAGCCAUGGCCGAGACCUUCAGGAUCAUCGAUGAGAAUGACCUGAUCGACUACACGGUCCGAGUGUCCUACCUGGAGGUGUACAAGGAGGAGUUUCGGGACUUGCUGCAGGUGGAUACAGCCAGCAAAGACAUCCAGAUCCGGGAGGAUGACAAGGGGAAUGUUGUGCUCUGCGGCGUGAAGGAGUUGGAAGUGGAAGGGCUGGACGAGGUGCUGAGCCUGCUGGAGAUGGGGAACACAGCCAAACACACGGGAGCCACCCACAUCAACAGGCAGUCAAGCCGCUCGCACACCAUCUUCACGGUGACCAUGGAGCAGCGGCGCGGGACCGGCCGCCUCUCCCUGCACCGCCGCCCCCCGUCCGCGCCCGCCUCGGGACAGGUCCUGGUUUCCAAGUUUCACUUUGUGGACCUGGCAGGCUCAGAGCGAAUUGUGAAGACAGGAAACACAGGGGAGAGGCUGAAGGAGAGCAUCCAGAUCAACAGUGGCCUUCUUGCUUUGGGUAACGUCAUAAGUGCCUUGGGAGACCCUCGGAGGAAGAGCAGCCAUAUCCCCUACAGGGACUCCAAGAUCACCAGGAUCCUGAAAGACUCUCUGGGGGGAAACGCCCAGACCGUGAUGAUAGCCUGUGUCAGCCCAUCCUCCUCCGACUUCGACGAGAGCCUCAACACCCUGAAUUAUGCCAGCCGGGCUCAAAACAUCCAGAACAAGGCUGUGGUGAACUGCCGCAAGGAGACGGAGCACAUCGAAGAGCUUCACCUGCAGAUAAAGAAGCUGCAGAAGGCGCUGGAACAGCGGCACCGCUCCGAGACCCGCAUCAUCCACCGCUCGGCCACCGCCAAACCGUGCGCGCCGGAGCCCGCGGCGCGGCUGCUGGCGGAGUGCGCGCAUUACCGCACCUGCACCGACGCUGCCUACCGGCUGCUGAUGGAGCUGCAGGAGGACAGCAACCUGACGGUGGAGCAGAUCCUGCGGGUGAAGGAGUGGCUGUGCACGGUGGAGAGCGAGAGGAGCGAGCUGACCUCGGCCGGGCUGGAUAGCGGCAUCGAGAGCACCUCGACGGAAGAGCAGAGCCCCGAGGCACAGGGCUCCACGCUGGCAAAAGCUCAGGUGAACACUGAGAAGGGGACUGAGUCCAUCAAAGACGAGCAGGUUGCCAGACUUCAGAGGCAAGUGGAGCGCCUGGAAGAGGAGAACCGUGAUUUCCUGGCUGCCCUGGAGGAUGCCAUGGAGCAGUAUAAGCUGCAGAGUGACAAGCUGCAGGAGCAGCAGGAUAAGAUCUCAGAGCUGCACAUACGCUUGGAGAUGGCAAUGCCAAACACAUGUGUGCCAGAACUGCUGGAAAACCUUCACCUCGUGACCGCUGGCCAGAGACCCCACACAGCCCCUCUGGAUGCUGCCCCAUCCCACAGCCUCACUGGAGUUCCCUCUGGGCUCCUUGCUGCUGAACAAAGCAGAAGAGUCCUUUGCAGGAAGCAGCUCGGCAGGAGCUCGUCCUUCCAGCAGGAGGACACAGCAGGUUCACACCUGGAGCAUGCACAGAGCUCAACCAGCAAGGCAGAGAUCAAAGAUGCAGUGUUGAGGAGGGAGCUCAGCCAGGACUCUGAGAAGCCAGCAGAGCUGUCCUCAGGAGAGGAGGAGGAGGAGUGGGAAGAGAAACGGUCCCUAUCCCAGCGCCGAAACGGAAUCCAAAGCUGGAGCAAGAAAGAGAUUUGCAAGUUGAGCGAGGAGCUGAGUGGAAGCAAUGCCCCCUUAAUUCAGCAGGAGCAGCUGGAGUUGUCAAAAGAGGUCUGCAGGAGGCAGGAGCUGCUGCUCAGUCCCUGGGAGCGCCUGCCAGGGAAGGACUCUGAGUGGAGGCUGGUGCAAGCACAGCAGAAGAUCCGAGAGCUGGCAAUCAACAUCCGCAUGAAGGAGGAGCUGAUCACGGAGCUUAUUAAAACAGGCAAGGACGCCCAGGCUCUAAACAGGCAGUACUGCCAGAAGAUCAGUGAGCUGGAACAGGAGGCAGAGCAGGUGAGGACAGAGCUGAAUGACAGCCAGAAGCAGCUCCAGGAGCUGGAGGGCAAGGAGCCAUGGGACCCUGGGGAGAAGUGCAAGCUGCAGGAAUAUCGCACGCGUGUGGCAGCCGCACAGAGCAAGGCACAGGUUCUGUGCAAGAAGAAACAAGCGACAGAGAGGCUGGUGUCGCUCUCAGCCCAGAGCGAGAAGAGAGUGCAGGAGCUGGAGAGGAACAUCCAGCUGAUGCGGCGGCAGCAGGGCCAGCUGCAGCGCCGCCUGCGGGAGGAGAGCGAGCAGAAACGGCGGCUGGAGACCGAGGUGAAUAAGCAGCAGCACCAAGUCAAGGAACUGGAACUGAAGCAUGAGCAGCACCAGAAAAUCCUGCGCAUCAAAACAGAGGAAAUUGCAGCUUUCCAGAGGAAGCGGCGGAGCGGCAGCAAUGGCUCAGUGAUCAGCCUGGAGCAGCAGCAGAAAAUUGAGGAACAGAAGAAGUGGCUGGACAUGGAGAUGGAUAAAGUUCUUGAGCAGCGCCGGGCCCUGGAUGAGCUGGAAGAUGAGCUGCGGAAGCGGGAAGCUAUUGUGGCCAAAAAGGAAGCCCUGCUGCAGGAGAAAAACGGCCUGGAGAGCAAAAGACUGCGCUCCAGCCAGGCCCUGACAGAUGACAUAGUGAGUGUGUCCAGCCGCCUGGAGCACCUGGAGAAGGAGCUGACUGAGAAGAAUGGGCAGCUGCGCCAUGGCAGCGCCCAGGACCAGCAGCAGAUCCGCCAGGAGAUCAACAACCUGCGCCAGGAGAAGGACCAGCUGCUCAAACAGAGGCUGGAGCUCGACAACAAGCUGCGUCAGGGCACCCUGCUGUCCCCAGAGGAAGAACGGAUCUUGUUCCAGCUGGAUGAGGCAAUCGAGGCUCUGGAUGCAGCCAUCGAGUACAAGAACGAGUCCAUCACUUGCAGGCAACGAGUCCUGCGGGCCUCGGCCAGCCUGCUGUCCCAGUGUGAGAUGAACCUCAUGGCCAAGCUCAGCUAUCUCUCCUCCUCCGAGACCCGAGCUCUGCUCUGCAAGUACUUUGACAAGGUGGUGACACUGCGAGAGGAUCAGCACAGGCAGCACAUUGCCUUCUCAGAGCUGGAGAUGCAGCUGGAGGAGCAGCAGCAGCUGGUGUACUGGCUGGAGGCAGCUGUGGAGCGCCAGCGCCUGGAGAUGGACCGUCAGCUCACCCUGCAGCAGAAGGAGCAUGAGCAGAACAUGCAGUUACUGCUCCAGCAGAGCCGUGAGCACAUGGACGAGGGGCUGGCCAGCAGCAAGCUGCAGUAUGAAGCAAGGAUUCAAGUGCUGGAAAAGGAGCUGAGCCGAUACGUGUGGGCAAACCAGGAGCUGAACCAGAGGCUGAGUAACAUAAAUCUGCAUCCUGGACAGACCAGAGCAGGUAUGGAGAGGAGCAUUCAUGGGGCUGGGGACAGAGCUGUCCCUGUGCUGAACACCUGUGAGGAGCCCAGCCUGGGGGAACAGCUGGUGCCUCUGGCCGUAACUGAAGAAAGCCAUCGGGUGAGGGAUGAGAGCAGGGACCUGGUGCACGCCCCUUUGCCAUCGACCUGGCGCCGUUCCUCCCUGCCCAACGACAGCCCCGGGGAGCUCCGGCAGAGGGAGGCUGAGCCCAGAGCAGGACAGCCCCAUGAGCUGCACCCACCACGGGGCCCCGCCCCGGCUUCCAGGCCCCGCCGGGAGCUGCGCAGAGCCAGCCCAAACGUCACCCCCGUGCCUUACCACCCAGUGAUGAUAGACGUGAGGAAGAACCCAGUCUAGACAAAGGUUUACCACCUACCUGGCACAGGGCAGGGAGGAGAAGGUACUGCUGAGAUGAGCUUAAGAGCCUUCCUGCCCCAAAAGCAAGCCUAGCUACAAACCUGUUGCAUUUCAGAGGCCUGAGGAGGAAAAAGACAUGGCUUUUCAUCAUCAGGGAAAAAAGGAUCAGCCUGCAUUUCACAGAGUGCUGCCACUCUGCACAGCACUGGCUGGACACCUUUCCUCCCACACUCUGCAGCUUAAGCACUGGGAAGUGGGAGAUACUCCCACUCUGGUCUCUAACACUAAAAUCUUGUUUACAGUUUGGAAACCUCUGCUGCAGGGCUUGCUCAGCCCUAGCAGCCUCAGAGGGAGAUACUCUGCAGUCCUGCAGAACUUGUACAUAGAUUUAUUUUUUUUGUAAUAACUUUGGUGUUUUUACAUUUCUACUGUAACUUUUCUAAUAAAGCAGAGUGAAUUUUAUGAAAGUCA